AUGUUAUUGUAUCGCAGAGUUUUUUGUAAUUUAAAAACGUUUGGAAGGUGUUUUACAACAUUUGAGAAAGAAUAUGACAAAUGUUAUAAUUUGUUACCCUUCACACAGAAGGAGAAGAUUCUAGUAAAUAACGCCAUAAUUAACUUGGCAAAUACCUGUAAUAUAAGUAAUUUUGACCAAAAUCUCCGGAUUCCUCUGUUUUUUAUUAAAAAUUCCGAUUUCAGGAAUAGCUUAAUAAGCUACCUGGACAAAUCAAACGAUUUUAAGUCCUUUUUCAGACAAAAUUUAGCUUUACUAAAUGAAAACAAUUUCGACGAGGAUUUACACCUUGAUUUUCUCAAAUUCAUAGAGACUUUUAUCAAGGAUAACUUCCCAAAUGUUUUCAUCACCUUCAACAAUCUCAAACAUUUCUCCGACUUUUCUAAAAUUUCAAAUUUAUACCAUAAUUACACUAAUUUCUCCAAUAACACCAGUGGUCUCUGUAGUAACGAUGUUACUAUUGGUAGAAAUGUGUAUUUACAUGUUGGACCUCCAAACAGUGGGAAGACUCAUGAUUCUAUAAAAGCUCUUUUAUCUUCCGGUUCGGGUAUUUAUUGUGCUCCUUUACGUUUACUUGCUUGGGAAAUGUUUAACACGAUUAACAAUUCUGGAGUUAAAUGUUCUCUAUUAACUGGCCAAGAACUUGUCGAUAAUGGUGAGCCACAUGUUUCAUGUACUGUUGAGAUGAUACCGUUUGAAAGAACAUUUGAAGUGGCUGUUUUGGACGAAAUGCAAAUGGUUGGUGACUUAACACGAGGAUAUUCUUGGACCAAAGCGUUUUUAUCACUCAAUGUUCCUGAAUUACACAUCUGUGGUAGUAAAUCUUGUAUUUCUAUUACUGCCAAUCUCGCCAAUAUUAGAGGAGAUAAAUUGGAGAUAUUUGAACAUGAACGCUUGUGUAAUUUAAAGGUUAUGGAUAAAGCUGUUGGGCUUUCCGAGUUGGAACCUGGUGAUUGUGUUGUCUGUUUCUCACGUUAUGAUGCUUUUAACUUACGCAACAUCAUUGAAUCUACCAAAUACUCCUGGAAUACCUUGUCCAAAGAAGAAUGUGUAACGAGUAUUGUGUAUGGAUUAUUACCACCAGAAACAAGAUAUGACCAAAUAGAAAGAUUUAAUAAAGGACUGACAAGGGUGUUAGUUGCUUCCGAUGUGAUUGGGAUGGGUGUUAACGUGUCAAUCAGGCGUGUGAUUUUCUACAGAUUAACAAAGUUUGAUGGAAAUGUUUCAAGGCCUUUGACAGUGUCUGAAGUACAUCAAAUUGCUGGUAGAGCAGGCAGGUUUGGAAUUAGUUCUGAAGGUUUUGUUUCCUGUGUUAGGGAGCAGGACCUGCCAACUUUGAGGGAAGUAAUGGCUCAAGAAGUAACUCAAAUUGAAAAGGCUGUAAUUUCGCCUCCACUAGAUACCAUUGGAGCUUUUUAUUCAUCACUUAAACACUUCACAGGAGAACAGCAUUCAUUAUUAAACAUUACAAAAUUGAUUGGUUCUAUUGGGAGAGUUGGUCAGGGUUUUAUGAUGUGUGAUUUUGCACAGAUUAACUCAGUUUCAAGGUGUUUAGAAGGUAUAAACUUACCAUUCGACAUCUUAAAAGAGUAUUUAAUGGUUCCAAUGGGAUCAACACUGGUUUCGCUGAUUGUUAGAGCCUUUGCUGCUAGUCACUCACUACUCAAUUCGGUCAAAAUCUCAAACAUUAUCCAAGCAGAUUUUUUAGCCCACAACACUACAAAUUCCAGUAAUCUAAAUGAUAAUCUGGAUAACAAUCUCGAUAAUAAUUUGGAUGAUAACUUGGACAAUAACUUGUGUAAAAAUAGUGAAAUAAAGCGUUUGGAAUUACUGUAUGAGGUGUUGGAUAUAUAUGUUUGGUUAUCAAACAAGUUUCCAGUGGUGUACAUUGAUAAAACCCCUGUAAAAGAAUUAAAAAGCUCACUGGCAAAAACACUUUCUAAACUAGUUCGUGAACCGAAUGAAGUGAUACAUGAGGAUGAAAAUGAUUUAAAUAUAGUUAAGAAUAUUCUUAGACCUGAAUUCAACAACUAG